AUGAAACGCAGCUUCAUAUAUGAAGACUUUCUCAACAACAUUCCCAAAGGAUUUGCUAUGGAGUUUCUCCAAGUUUAUAGUGGCCCUCCAGUUAUUGCUUACAAGUUCAGGCACUGGGGUUUCAUGGACGGUCCUUUUAGAGGGCAUGCCGCUACUGGGGAGAUGGUAGAGCUCUUUGGCAUGGCCAUGUUUGAGGUGGAUGAAGAUAUGAAAAUUGUGAAGGUGGAGUUCUUUUACGAUCGUGGAGAAUUGCUUGCUGUUCUCCUCAAAGGUGCCAAAAUAGAUGGAUCAUAUUCAUCUAAAGAAGCAGCAGCACCCUUAAGCUGCCCUGUUCUCAGGAACAAUUAUAAUGGCUGGCGAGUAUUGCCAUGCCAACUUUCAUAG